GCAGAAUGAGUUACCCAGGUUAUCCUCCUGCCGGUGGCUAUCCGCCAGCUCCUCCAGGUGGUAAUCCUUGGGGCGCCCCCGGCUAUCCUCCCGCAAAUCCUCCUCCAAUUGGGCUGGAAAAUGUUGGCAAUUACGCGAGUCAGUUUAAUCCCGAUUACAUGGCGAGCAUGGCAUCCAAUAUGUCAGGAACAUUUGGCGGUUCCAACGCACCCCAGGGCAUGUAUCCUCCCGCUUCUGGUGGCGGCUAUCCCCCCAUCCCUACAGGGGGCUUCGGGCAACCUCCGCAGGGGCAACAGCAGCCUUACGGGAUGUACCCGCCGGCACCAGGAGGAAACCCCCCUUCAGGAAUGCCAUCUUACCCAGGCUAUCCAAUGCCGCCUGCAGGGCAACAACCCCAGCCAAUGGCAUACCCUGGGCAACAGCCUAUGCCACCUCCGGGGCAGCAGCCUGUGCCAAGCUAUCCUCCAGGCCCAGCGGUUAACCCUUCAAUGCCAUCCUAUCCGGGACCUACAAUGCCCACCCUUGCUCCCACACCGGCUGGAAACCGAGGCACGAUUUGUGAUGCUUCGUCUUUUGACCCUCUGAGAGAUGCCGAAGUCUUAAGGAAAGCCAUGAAAGGAUUUGGGACGGACGAGCAGGCGAUCAUCGACUGUCUCGGAAGCCGUUCCAACAAGCAGCGGCAGCAGAUCAUCCUUUCCUUCAAGACAGCUUAUGGAAAGGAUCUAAUCAAGGAUUUGAAGUCUGAGCUCUCGGGCAACUUUGAGAAGGCUAUCUUGGCAAUGCUGAAGACACCUGUUGCGUUGGACGUUUAUGAGAUCAAAGAUGCUAUCAAGGGUGCCGGUACGGAUGAAGCCUGCCUGAUAGAGAUCUUGGCAUCUCGCAGCAAUGAGCACAUUCGGGAGAUCAGCCGGGCCUACAAGACAGAAUUCAAGAAAACGCUGGAAGAAGCCAUAAGAAGCGACACAUCUGGACACUUCCAGAGGCUCUUAAUCUCACUUGCUCAGGGAAACAGAGAUGAAAGCACCAGUGUGAAUAUGUCGCUGGUCCAAACCGAUGCUCAGGCGCUGUACGCAGCGGGAGAAAACAAGCUUGGGACGGACGAGUCCAGAUUCAACGCGAUUCUCUGUGCCAGGAGCAGAGCUCACCUCAGAGCAGUUUUCAAUGAAUAUCAGCGGAUGUGUAACCGUGACAUUGAGAAGAGCAUAAACAGAGAAAUGUCUGGAGACCUUGAACAUGGGAUGUUGGCAGUAGUCAAGUGCAUGAAGAACACCCCCGCUUUCUUUGCAGAGAGGCUGCAUAAGGCCAUGAAGGGAGCCGGGACCAAAGACAGAACCCUUGUUCGGAUCAUGGUGUCACGCAGUGAGGUUGACCUAUUGGACAUUCGGCAGGAAUACAAGAGGAUGUACGGCAAAUCUCUGUACACAGACAUUUCGGGGGACACCUCAGGAGACUACAGGAAAAUCCUCCUCAAACUGUGCGGUGGAAAUGAUUAAGUGGGACUUCCUGGAUUUUU